AUGGGCAAGAAAUACGGUGGUCUGGGCGGAUACCUGUACGUGUGCGGAUCUGUGGCCGUAUUCGACUCUGUCAUGAAAGGCAUACGGCAGGCCAUCUACAACCACCGCACGUCGACGCUGGACUCUGCGGAGGAGCUCAUCAACGCCGCAUUCGCCGAGCGCCGUUUCAUGCUCGACGUCUUCAUGACGCCCAAGCCUCUCCCAUGCAACCUGCCCACCAUCCCGCUGUCGCAGCUCGCCCUCAACACCGGCCACAGGGGCCAAUCGAGGAUCUGGAUCGGAGUCCGCGGCAAGGUCUACGAUGUGACAGACUUCUGUCCGAUGCACCCAGGCGCCACCCUCAUCAUCAAGUCCAACGCCGGUGUCGACUGCACGGCGUCCUUCGACAACCUCGCGCACACCACCAACCCGGAGGUGUCGUCGCUCCUGACCAAGUACUUUGUCGGCCACCUGACGCCCAAGCCGGACUUCCACGGCAACGAUGACCUGGACAUGCUGUACGAGCUGUGGUCGUCGUAUCUCCGGACGUCCGUCGAGACCCUCGUGGCGCACCAGAUGGAGAUGAACGCCAUGAUCACGAACCAGACCCUGGACCCACCGAAGUGGUGGUACCAGGGCCCCGGGCUGCUGAACAUCAAGGGUGUGAGGUCCUUCUACCAGUACCAAUCACGCCUGCUGCAGACGGGGUUCAGCGCCCUCUUCGGCUCCAAGUUCCAGGAGCUCAUACUCAAGCUGUCAUUCAGCCUCGCCAACGCGUCCUCGGCAGGGCCAUCAACAAACCCGCCAGACGUCCUUGGCGUCGUGGCCCGGGCCAAGACAUCCGGCAGCGCCAUCAAGACAUCCAGGGAGAUCGCCCGCGUGGGCGAGUUCGUCGGCAACAGCGAGGAGGCGCGGUUCCACGAGCGGGGGAUAAUCGACUACGCCAGCAAGUCGGUCGAGCUGGACAUCAGCCUGCUCGAGGACGUGCGGGCCGAGGCGUGCGCGGGCGUGGACGCCUCCGACGCGCUCAUGUCGCAGCCGCAGGAGGCCGAGAACCCCGAGGACAGGGUCGCCGCGCCGGCGACGUUGCUGAUGCAGCUGCUGGAGCGCGUGGCCAAGCGCCUCGAGAUCUUCUACGCCAACCUCGCGCAGUACUCGGUCCACCAGCCCACCAUCGAGCGCAACCCGGCCCGCACGCGCUGGAGGCUGGUCCGGUCGAAGCUGGCAACGUCUUCCUCGUCGGCUUCCAUGGCGGCGGCGGGCAGGCCUUCCUUCCAGACCAACAUCGACUUCGACCGCGUCAUGAGCCAGGUGCGCCAGGGCCUCGGCGCGGGCGCCCCCCACGUCCAGCAGCAGCAGGCCAAGGCGACUCCCAGCGCGAUAGAUGCGGCGCGCGGGCGAGCGCCGGCCAACGGGGCGAGCGCGUUCGAGUCGUACGAGAACGGAGGCGCCCUGACGCGGAUGAGCUCCUUCAUCGACAAGAACAUGCGGUCCAUCCGGCGGCUGUCGAGGAUGCCCACCGGUCGAGGAGGGCUGGGAGGGUUCCAGCCCACGCCGCCUAGCAGCAGGGGGUCGAGCGUCGACGGGCGGGACGCGCGCGGCAGGAUGAUGGGGGCUGGAAUGGGGGCGGGGCCGAACGUGCCGCCCUCGCCGCCGGUGGACGCCACGACGGCCAUCACGGCCAUGAUGGACAAGUUCCACGGCCGCAAGAGGAGCACGGUGUCGGCGUCGGGCGGCUCGAGUCCCCCCUUGCAGCGGAGCGCCAUGGCUGGUCCGCCGAUGAGCCCGGGUGGGAACCACGUGGUGAUGAUGAGGUCGAGGGCGCCGUCUGUUCAGAGCGUCAGGGCUGGGUCGCUGAAGUCUUUCAAGCUGGGUGAGAGGGUGCAUUCGUAUGGGCAGGCGGAGAAGAAGGUUGCGCCGACGUUUUGA